GAAACACGGCCAGCUUGCCUUGCCCCGUUUGGCUUUCCAAAUUUUCUGUCUGCCUCUGCGUCUCCCUUUCGCCUCCUUUCGUCCUCCCUUCGAUCCAGUCUCAACGGAACUCCGACCUCUGAUCGCCGGAUUUGUCAUGGGAGUGCCCGAAUUCGCCGGCCCGAACUAGGCUGAUCGCCCAUCAUCCGGCGAGAACUCGCCCCUCACCCAUUGAGAGCUUCCGAGGCGAUCUAGGGUUUACUUGGGAUUCCGCAUGAGCUGGUUCGUCAAUCUUGGUCUCAAUUCGAAAUCCAACCACUUCGUCGCCUGUCUUCUGCUGUUUUUUCUCCAUUACUCCCCUCAAUUACCGCCAUUAAAUUCGAGGAGUUGCUCGAACGGGGAUUACCGAUCUCAGAGAUAUGGAGAACCGUUGUAAUAAUCUUCCCCUCAAGAAAGUUUCGUACCUCUCGGAUGUUGAGAGAAGAAAGCCUCUCUCACCUUCUGCUAUUGUCAUAGGCGCUGGCUUUGCAGGCAUUGCAGCUGCUCAUGCACUCAAAAAUGCAAAUUUCCAGGUUGUUCUGUUGGAAUCACGGGACAGGAUUGGAGGCCGAAUAUAUACUGACUACUCAUUUGGCUUCCCUGUUGACUUGGGUGCAUCUUGGUUGCAUGGUGUCUGCAAAGAAAAUCCCUUGGCUCCUUUGAUUGGAAGACUGGGGCUGCCACUUUACCGUACGAGUGGUGACAACUCAGUGUUGUUUGAUCAUGAUCUGGAAAGUUAUGCGCUAUUUGACACAGAUGGGUGUCAGGUUCCACAAGAACUGGUCCAAAAGGUUGGCGAUGUUUUUGAGAGUAUAUUAAAAGAGUCCGACAAACUGAGGCGUGAAUGCAGGAAAGACAUGUCUAUAGCACGGGCUAUUAACAUUGUCCUGGAGAGACGUCCAGAUCUCAGGCAAGAAGGGCUUGCGUACAAUGUACUGCAAUGGUACUUAUGCCGGAUGGAAGGUUGGUUUGCUGCAGAUGCAGAUACAAUCUCACUGAGGCAUUGGGAUCAGGAAGUUCUGCUCCCAGGUGGUCAUGGCCUUAUGGUCCGGGGAUAUCGUCCUGUUAUAAACACGCUUGCAAAAGGCCUCGACAUUCGUCUUGGACACCGGGUAACGAAAAUUGCCCGUGGAAAGAAGGGAGUCGAAGUCACCGCCAACAAUGGUGAAACAUUUUUUGCAGAUGCCGCCAUCAUUACAGUUCCUCUGGGGGUUCUAAAAGCCAAUUCCAUAAAGUUUGAGCCUCAGCUUCCAGAGUGGAAGGAAGAAGCAAUUUCAAAUCUUGCAGUUGGAACUGAGAACAAGAUUGUGUUGCAUUUUGACAAGGUUUUCUGGCCAAAUGUGGAGUUUCUGGGAGUAGUUGCAUCUACUUCGUAUGGUUGCAGCUAUUUUCUUAAUCUUCACAAGGCGACAGGUCAUCCAGUUCUUGUUUACAUGCCUGCUGGUCGGCUUGCCCGUGACAUUGAAAAAAUGUCUGACGAGGCUGCUGCCAAGUUUGCCUUUCUGCAGUUAAAGGGGAUUCUCCCUGAUGCAUCUGAACCUAUUCAGUAUCUGGUGUCACACUGGGGAACAGAUGAAAACUCACUGGGCUCCUACACCUAUGAUGCAGUGGGGAAGUCUCAUGAACUCUGUGAAAGGCUGCGGAUCCCUGUAGACAACCUCUUCUUUGCAGGGGAGGCAGCAAGCAUGAAAUACACUGGCACCGUGCAUGGUGCCUUCUCGACUGGGUUGAUGGCUGCAGAAGAGUGCCGGAUGCGUGUUCUAGAAAGAUAUGGGGACUUGGCCAUGUUCCAGCCAGCAAUGGGAGAAGAGGCUGAAUCAGUCUUUGUUCCGCUACUGAUCUCCCGAAUGUGAUGUGUCCGAUUGUAACACAGCUAGUUCCCUAACCAUUCCAUUAAUUGCCUUGAGAAAACAAUACAGGAAAAUCAGUGUUUUCUUGUGUUGUUUUUUCAGGCUUGUGGCAUGUGUUUAUGUGCUACUGUGUAACAUGAUGACUAUAGUAAUGCGGAUAGAAGGAUUCGAAUACAGGAUGAAAUAAGUUGCCUUGCCUAUUAAGUUUGCUAAAGGCAAGGUAGAUAUAAAACAUAAUAUCAUAUUUGACUCUAGUGGAUUAUUAAUCUAAGAAUUAUAAUGUGGUUUGUAUUGUGUAUUUUUCCUA